AUGGACGGCAUAUUCUCCAAACAGGUGGAUUGUCUCGUAAAAGUCGGACUUCGGGACCGAGUUGUCCUUCCCACCACCAGUGAAUUCGCUGCGCGGAUUGAUUCGUACUUCAACAACAGUGCAAAGCUAACGCCAGCGUGUAUCUUCAUGCCACAAAAGACGGCCGAGGUUGUGACCGCUAUCAAGGCUCUGGUCAAUGGGGGUCAGAAGUUUGCCAUACGGUCGGGGGGAAGCAACUUUUGGCCCAGCAACAAUAUCGAUGAUGGCGUCACUAUGGACCUGAAAUACCUGAAUACCACCGAAUAUGAUCCUAAGAGUGAAACUGUCAUGAUCGGUGCUGGGGUCUGCGCGGGCGAGAUCUAUGAACGACUUGCCAAGUAUGAACGAGCCGUGGGAGCAGCCCGGGAGGCUAGCGUGGGCAUUGCUGGGCUCGCUCUGACCGGGGGUAUCACCUUAUUCACGGGUCGCUAUGGCUUCGCCUGUGACCAGGUCGUUGCCUACGAGGUGGUGCUGGCCGAUGGUCGUGUCGUGAUAGCUGACGCCACGGGGGGGCACAAGGAUCUUUUUAAGGCUCUCAAGGGAGGCGGCAACAACUUUGGAAUCGUUACGCACUUUACUAUGCGUACUUUUCCAUGCAGCACAAUUUGGGGCGGCGGGGCCAUCCUCCCAAAGGAAAUCUUUCCUAAGGCAGCCGAAGCUAUCGUUGACUUUGUAAACAGAGUUUCAGAUGAUCCAGAUACCAACUUGAUCUGUAUGUUGUGUAAAAUCACCCCAAAGCCAGUCACUAUCGUCGCGGCUUUGUAUGCCAACAUGGCUGGAGUGGAAAGACCACCAAUCUUAGACAAGUGGUUGGCAUUUCCGGAGGUCUGGAAAUCAUACAAGAAAGACAGCAUUCUGGGGCUCUUGGACACCACUGAACAGGCCAAAAAUUAUUAUGGCAAUUGGUUCACCUUGUGCUUCAAAAACGACGCUACUAUUAUUAUGAAAGCAGCGGAGCUUCAUGAUGCUCUCGUCGAGCAGUUGCAGGACCAUAUUAAAGAUGGUGACUUCAAGACGCAGUGUGUAUUUCAGCCCCUUCCACUCGCGUUUAUCCAGACAUCCUCUAAAAUGGGCGGAAAUGUCAUGGGCCUUGAACAACACGAUAGUAAUGGAAUUAUUUGGGGAUUCCAUGUGAUGGUACGGACUCCGGAACUAGAGGCUUGGGCUUUGCCUCGAGAGCGACGAGUUUACGAGGGCGUGCGGGAGUUUGCUCAGUCAAUUGAUGGUCUUUUGAACUGGACUACUGCAAACUAUGCACACCCAACGCAGGAGGUGUUUCAGAACUACGGCAAGAAGAACGUUGAGAUUAUCAAGGAGGUUGCUGCAAGAUAUGAUCCUGAUGGUGUUUUUCAAUACUUGUGUCCCGGUGGUUUCAAAAUCUCAUCUGUCCAAGAUUGA